UAAAACAAAUAUAAAUAUGUGAUAAAAAAUGGUUCACAUGUACUGUAUUCCUAAAAUUUAAAGCCUGAAAUUUAAAAGCAUUUUUGUCUUUUUUUAGGCAGUUUGGUAAGUAUAGAACAGCUGAUAAUUAAGAAUACAGUCUGUUGUUUACAUAACAUUUUAAUUCUAUUGCAUAAUUAGAUUGCUAAUCAGUAUAAGCACUGAUAAACUAUCACUGUUCAACAGUGGUGGCGCCUCUAGACUACCGUGCGGUGUGGCAGUUCAGGGAUAUGAUCAUCUGUACCAACCCUGAUAGCUGGCCUAUACUGGAUUACGUAGACUAUGGAUGCUACUGUGGACUAGGAGGCUCAGGCACCCCGGUGGAUGAACUGGACAGGUCAGAUUUAACCAUCAGGUUAUAUGCAGGGACACUGAAUCAUGUCCACUGUAUUCUCUGUCUCUCUAGGUGCUGUGAGGUGCAUGAUCAGUGUUAUUCUGACUCAUGGCAACAUGAAGACUGUUGGGGUAUUUUAGACAACCCCUACACUGAAGUCUACUCAUUCUCAUGUGACAAAGCGGCAAAGAAAGUAACCUGCAAUGCUGACAAGAAUCGCCCCUGUGAGAUGUUCAUCUGUGAAUGUGACAGGAAAGCAGCCGAAUGCUUUGCACUGGCGGGUUACAACCCAGAAAACGAGCAAUAUCCUAGUGAAAACUGCAAAUGAACUGAAACUCAGUAAAGGUUUAGGAUUGUCCCUAAUGUCUCAUUAAAGAUAGCAAUGGUAUAUCAUGUAACAGUUUUUUUUUUGUUUAUGCCAAUUGAUAUUUAAUUAAUUUAGUCAUUUACAUUUAGUCAUUUACAUUUAGUCAUUUAGCAGACGCUUCUAUCCAAAGCGAAUUCAUAGCAGACACAUUCUUUAAUGUUAUAUGCAAAUUAGGGCUGCACGAUAAAUCGCAUGCGCUAUUUAACGCGCAUCUUGUCA